AUGAGAAUCGUGUUUGCGUUGUUGAUUAGCUUGGUCUUAAGUAAAUUGGCCUCAGAUCCAAAAGUUGUGCUUGCAGAAAUAGAUAACAAUCAUAUGGGAAAAACUUUCUUGAAUGCCUUAUAAAUUAGUCUUGCCACAGGCUCACCUAUCCAUGAAAUCUAAAGUUAUAUCAAUAAUAUUAGAUUCAUGUUAGAGCAAGAACAAAAGGAUUCUGAUCUUUAUAUCUAAAAUACUUAAGCUUCAUGUAACAGAUUGCUCCAUGAUUUUUCUACUAAUUUAGCAUAUCAUCAAAGUUAAUUGAAAGCUCAUAGCAAAAUUGUUGAUGAUAAUACAAGCAAUUUGUAAAGGUCUCUAAACAAAAUUGCAGAGGUCUCUGUUGAGAUUGAAGAGAAUUCAAAGAAAACAAAUGCUGGAUAAAGUGAAAGAGACUUAUAAUAUGCUGAGUUUUAAUCUAAAAUUAAGGAUCACACUGAAGCUAUCGCUGCUAUUGAUGAAGCUUAUGCGUUGAUUGAACAUUUAUCUGGAGGAUCUUCAUUUAUUUAAGUUAAAGGAAGAUUUAAUAAGGUUUUGUCGAGAUUAUCAAGUUAAUCAACAUCAAGCGGAUUGUUGUUCUAACCAAUUCUCACAAUGAUGACUUAAUUAUCAGCAAAAUCAGAUUCUGAUACAGCAAAAAAGGUUUUGCAAUUGUUGUCCAACUUAAGGGUUUAAAUAGUUGAAAGCAAAUCUAGUGAUGAAGACAUCGAAAAACAGUAAAGUUUGAAUUGGUAAUAAUUUUUGUCUGACUUAACAAACGAAAGAAACACCUUGUCUGAUUAAAGAUAAAAUCUUGAAUAAGCCAUAUUGAAUUAUUAAAGCAUUAUCGAAGAAUCACAAGGAAAGGUGGAAUAUCACGCAGCAGAGGUUGAGAGAAAUUAAUCUAAUUUAGAAGGAUAGGAUCAAUGGUGUAGAUAAUAGCAAGACAUCUAUUAAAUGGAGACUUAAUCAAGAGUUCAAACACAAGAUUUGAUUUCGAGAAUUUCAGAUCAUAUCUAAGACAAGAUUGUCACACUAAAAGAAUAUCUUAGAGAAAGGCUCUAAUUAAAUUGAGAUUAAAGCAUUUCAUAUUAUAUUAUCAAUUAAUUCAAAAAUUAACAACUUAGAUGUCAAA